AUGACCUCGAAACUUAUCUGGCUUUCGGCUCUGUGGGCAGUCUGGUCGUUCUUCUACAGCGGUACAUGGUCUACUUAUCUUGCUACCUAUUUCUCGGCCCGUUCUCGCGCUCUAUCUUCGCUCAUCUCGCCGUCUUUCUGCAUCGUUGGAUGCUUUGGUCUCGGCUUCCUCCUCGACAUAGAGUCUCUCAGCCAACGUCGCAGGGCCCAGCUAGGCCUAUUUACCGUCGUUAUUCUCAACUUGGGCGUGUAUAUUUGGUCAAUCGUCAUGCAAGCCAAGUUCAAUGCCACGAACCCGGAUAAGAUCGACUAG